AUGUCUUCAUUCAUCACCACCAUGUCCGUCCCCGCCACCCCUCCCGCUGCUCAUUUCCCUUCCCCUAGAGAAUCUACCUCUCAUCCCCCGCUAUCACACUCCCCUACCGUCAACAUCAGCCCCGCCCUGUAUCAGACCACUCGCACUUCUUACAUUCCCUUCCCGGAGCCACCCUCUUAUCUGUCGCCAGCAGUGCGCGCUCUCAAACAAGGCUGUUAUGGACUAACACCUCCCAGCAAUGCCCGCACGCGCGCUCCCUUCAAGCCCCGCUCGGCCGCCAAGGGCACGAGCAGUUACCAGCUACGACAGUUUGCCGAAGCCACACUGGGAAGUGGUAGCUUGCGCAAGGCAGUCAAGUUGCCCGAAGGAGAAGAUCUCAAUGAAUGGCUCGCCGUGAACAUCGUCGACUUUUACAACCAGAUCAACCUGCUCUACGGGUCAAUAACCGAGUUCUGUUCGCCGCAAACAUGUCCCGAGAUGAAGGCCACCGAUGAAUUCGAGUACCUCUGGCAAGACUCGGAGAACUACAAACGCCCAACGAAAAUGUCCGCCCCGGAAUACAUCGAACACCUUAUGGCCUGGGUGCAGAGUAACGUCGACAACGAGCAAAUGUUCCCCAGUCGCAUCGGCGUUCCCUUCCCCAAGACCUUCCCCAGUCUCCUGCGCCAGAUCUUCAAGCGUCUAUACCGCGUCUACGCUCACAUCUACUGCCACCAUUAUCCCGUGGUAGUUCACCUCGGCCUCGAGCCUCACCUCAACACCAGCUUCAAGCAUUAUGUGUUGUUCAUUGAUGAGCACAAGUUGGCCAGCGGGAAGGACUUUUGGGGUCCGCUAGGUGAUCUGGUGGAUAGCAUGUUGCGCAGUGACUGA